ACGCUGACAAAUGCCAAGCGUCACGCAAAGUGCAGCGCGUGUAAAGACUAUAAAACCCGAUGCCACUUCAAACAGCGAUUAGUGAACCAAAAAGCCAACUAAUAUGAGGUCUGUUUUGGCAUUGACUCUGCUGCUUAGCUGCCUGGCUGGGAUUUUGGCUCAGCAGCAUGCAAUGACAAAGGAAAUAGUCGAAGGUUGCAUGAAGGAGAACGGUGUCUCGGCGCAGGAUCUGUCGGAUCUGCAAACUGGCAAGGUGAAGCCAGAGAACGCCAAGGACACGAUGAAGUGUGCCACACAAUGUGUCCUGGUGAAGAGUGGUUUCAUGGACGCAUCCGGAAAACUGCUCACCGACAACAUCAAAAAGGUAUACAAUGGAUCGCCGUUGCAGGCUCAGGUGGACAAGGAUCUGGAAAAGUGCGGCCAAAUUAAAGGAGCCAAUGCCUGUGACACGGCCUACCAAAUGCUAACCUGUUUCCACGGGGAAUUAAGGAAGGCCUAACCAUUUUCAAACCAUUUAAGAGUCGAGCAGAGCGCUACCAUCAGUAAUAAAUGCAAGCAGAAAUAUAUUUUAAAUAACUCAAA